AUGAAGCCUCUCCUCAUCGUGUUUGUCUUUCUAGUCUUCUGGGACCCAGCACUGGCAGGAUUGAUUCCAAUAUUACCAGAAAUGCACAAGAAAUGCUAUGGAAAUGGCAUCUGCAGACUUGAGUGCUAUGGAAGUGAAAUGUUAGUUGCCUACUGUAUGUUCCAGCUGGAGUGCUGUGUCAAAGGAAACCCUGAUCCCUGA